AAUCAUAGUGUUGUGAUUCUUACCUUGAAAAAUAAUUACUGAUGAUGAUAAAAACUUUAAUUGAAAAUUUGAACUUUUUACCUCUGUCAAUUUAAUUUCAUUUUAUUUUUAAUAUAUAUUAGAUAACACUAUGACAGAAGAAAAUGAAAUUAUUCACUUGCAUAGACAGAAAAUACCUUUAAAGUCUUUGGAAAUAAAUCCAAAUACAGAAAUUCUUGCUUCUAUAUGUAGCAGAGAACGACUAAAUAUUGUUGAUGAGAAAAAUAUUACAAUUGGCGUUCUGAAGUUGUCAGUGUCGGUGCAUCAAGAGGGAGGCAGAUGUCAGUUUGUCAUUCAUUCGUCGAGUUCUGUCAUUGAUUCAUCGAAUGACAACAAUUCAUCAGCUCACAAUGAUGAGUAUGGCAUGUCUCUCACCACCAGAGUUACUCCAAACUAUGAGACACUGGAAGAGUUCAGAAGUGAGUACUCUAUAGUUGGCGAAAAUCGAAGAGAAAAAAUUCUCCAUCUAAUAAAAUUAGAAGACAAAUUCAGUUUGUCAGUAACAGAAAACACUAAUGAUGAUGAUGCUCUGAAGAAGACUAUAUCUAUUCCACCUUCAACAUUAAAAAAUUACUUAUCAGAAGGUGCAAACAUCCUUCUAAUAAAAUAUAUGGCGAUGAAAAAACAAAUUGGUAGAGUCAAAACGAAUACUAUGCUUAUAAAUGGUGCUAUUUGCAGAAGCCAACUGUUUGUUUUUCGAAGUGGUCUGACAUUCCAAAAAGUACACACUAAUACAAUGACAGCAGUGAGAACUAUCAAAGGACAUAAUGGGGUGAUGCAGAAAAUUUAUUCUUGGCUAAGUUUUAAAGGUCAAUUUUUGAAGCAAGAAUGGCCGAAUACAGGAAGAUCAUGGAGACUUGAAGUUGACACGGACAUAAUUCCUGGAUCACUUUCCAAGCCACUGCAACUUUGUUGGGAAGAUGAUAUUCAGAUGAAGGCAAUUCAUAUUGAUAGAAUGGUGGGACAUUUAUAUUCUAAUUAAUUCUUACUAUUCCAUUAUUUAUUUGCCUAGUUGAGCACCUUAAUUAAGCAAGAGGUUGCACUUCUCAAGCAAGCAUGGUGAGGAAUUAAAGUAGGCUAUCAAGGAAUCUUGAAUCAAUUCCUCACAUUCCAAAAUUACACAAGUUUGAUUCAGAUAUUUUCUGCUUCAGCUCAUUUCACAUGGUUGUCUGAUGCAUCACGUUAUACAGGGUGGGUGAAUAGUUCGAGAACGGGUUAAUAUCUCAUACAAAAAGAU